GACGACAAGACCAAAAAUAUACGAUCCGCUUGGCGUUGUUUGGACCAUCCACUGUUUUUAUUGGUCAAACAGUCCUGCGAAGAUGAGCCCCCUGUGUGGGGUCUUCCAGUCAUCCCCGUACGCGAGGGUCACACACUGAGACAGACCGCCGAUCUGCUCGCGGAGAACUACAUUCCGGCUGCCGCAAAGUGUCGCAUAUUCGGCAACGCCCCGUCCGCAGUUCACGUGUACAGGUAUCGAGACGCUAAAACCGGUGAACGCUUCGGUGUUCAGAUGUACUUCUUCAACGCCUACGUCGAUCGGACGUGGCACGGGGAAGACCUGAAGAUUCCUAUCAGUUCCUCGGCUAAGAACAUCAGUCCAUCCGAUCACGUCUGGAUUCGAGCACAAGAGUUGGACAAUUAUGUGCAAGAUAGGAAAAUGUUGCGAGUGUUUAAAUCAUUCAUGAUAGAAUACUAA